CGCACCUACGUCCGCAUUAUGUUUUAAUCCAGAUAUUGUCCCCAAACAAACCGCAUACAAAUCGCAAGUAAAAACGCUGAAACGCCAAGUAAAAAAACGCGACGCGCAUCCCGACCAUCCCAACCAGGAACAAUGAUUAAGUGGCUGGUUUGUUGUGCCCUGCUGAUCGGAUACGCACGAGCCAUCGACGAUGGAUACGACGACUUGCCUGCGCCGAAAUUGAACAUUGACCUCGACAACGGCUACCACGGCAUCGUCAAAGAGAACGAGACAAUCGUCGAGGUGACGCCGCCGAUCCGGGCGUCCGGCGACGUCUGCAAGUUCCGCAUUGUCAACAAGCAUCAUGGUGAGGCGCCGUUCGACGUCGUCCUCAAGGACGACGGCUACGCCGAACUCCGGGCCAAGAGGGUGCUCAACUGCGAGAAACGCAAGAACUACAAGUUCGACAUCGCAGCUGUCGGCUGCAGCGGAGGAAAGCAAUCCGAAAGUGCAACGGUCCACAUAACAGUGUCCGACGUGAACGAGUAUGCACCCACAUUCUCAGAACCAAGCUACGUUCGUCAAGUGGACGAGGGUCGUCUUUACAAGGAGAUCGUCCGUGUGGAAGCCACCGACAGGGAUUGCACCCCCAAAUUCGGCGACGUAUGCAAAUAUGAGAUCCUGACGUCCGAUCAACCUUUCGUCAUCGACAUGGACGGCGUCAUCAAGAACACCGAGCCCCUGGACUAUGAGAGAUCCCACAACCACAUCCUGUCGGUGAUCGCCUACGACUGCGGCAUGCGCCAGUCGUUCCCCGCCCUGGUCACCAUCAAAGUCAACCGCGUGUGCCGCCUAGGAUGGCGCGGCCUGCCCGAACGCGUCGACUACGCCCCCAUGACCGGCAAGCAGGAACUGUUCCCGUCCGCCGCCCUCGAGCUGUGCGACGUGCCGUGCAACGUGCGCGAGCUGCGCACGCGCGUCGACCUGGCCACCAGACACAUAGGCAAGGGCUGCGACCGCGACACCUACUCGGUGCAGUCGCAGCGCAAGCUGUGCGGGGCGUCGCCCUCCGCCAUCGACCUGCUGCCCAGUCCCGGCGUCGGGGCGGAAUGGACCAAGCCGCUGAUCUCCGACGAGGGACACGAGUCGGAUCAGAUGUUCGAGUUCGACGGCAGCAGCACGGCCGUUUCCAUCCCCAACGCGGUGCUGGACCACAAUUUGCCCGCCACCUUCACGAUAGCCACGUGGAUGAGACACGGCAAUCAUGCCGGACAGGAUAAGCAUCUCAAGGAGCAUAUUUUGUGCUCGGCCGAUGAUCACAAAAUGAACCGUCACCACUACGCCCUCUUCGUCCGCAACUGCCGUUUGAUCCUCCUCCUGCGCCGCGACUUCUCCGAAGGCGACCUGAACAUCUUCCGACCGGCCGAAUGGCGCUGGAAGAUACCGCAAGUGUGCGACGACCAGUGGCAUCACUACGCCGUCAACGUGCGCUUCCCCGACGUCGAGCUCUACAUCGACGGCCAGAUGUUCAGGGGCGAGAAGAAGAACCCGGAGGUGAUCGACGACUGGCCGCUCCACCCCACCAAGGGCAUAAACACGACGCUCACCGUUGGCGCCUGCUGGCAGGGAUCCGACAACAAAAUGAAGCACCACCUGAAGGGCUACUUGGCCGGCCUGAGCGUGUUGGUGAGGGAGAACGAGAAGCCGGAGGUGCUGAGCUGUUUGCACCAGUGCAAGGAGAGUCUGCAAGUGCCGGCGAUGGAACUGCUCCAACCGGGCAUGGAACUGCUCACCAACUCCGACUUGACCGAGGUGACGGUAGAGGGCGACAACAGGACCAAUCUAGAAACGCUGGUCAGGAAGAUCGGCUAUGCCAACACCCGAGAGUUCCCGACGCCUGGUCGCAGGAACCUGAGACUGACCACCACCGUCACCUGCGACACGGGCAAGACCGUCAAGGUUCCCGACGCGCAGACCUACGUCAUGGUACUCAGGCCCCAAACUCCCAGCAUUAACCUGAAUGGUACCGGCAAUAUGGCGAGGAAGUACGAGGACUUCAGGAUGGGCGUUAGAGUGUUAGCCGACAUUCACAUAACUGGUGAACAAAAAUUAGACAAGUGCAGUCUCACUAUUUACCCCAACUUGAACCCUGACCACGAGAAUCUGAGCGUGCCUGAAGAAAUGGUCAAAAGACUAGGAAUGGCCGCAAGGGUUUCUAAAGAUGGAGUCACAAUCACUGGUUCAGACAUGGUCUACAAUUACCAACAAGUACUGAGGCAAAUCGUUUAUACCAACCGAAAACCAGCAUAUUAUCUUAAUAGAGUCUUCAAACUCACCUGCUCCGAACUCAACGGAAGAUUUACAUCUAAUGAAUACGUCCAAACUUUGACAGUCAUCCAUCCACAACCGAAGGACCCAAUCGUGGCCCACAACCAGGUGAACAGACACAGCGUCGAGGUGCGUCCCGCCUCCGUCAUCUCGCACGACUUCUCGCCAGCCGCCAACACGAUGCCGGGCGGUGAACGUCUGAUGUCCGCCGGCGGCUCGCACGCCGUCACCGUCAUCGUCGUCGUCUGCGUCGGCUUCCUCCUGUUCAUGAUCGUGCUCGGCGUCGUGCGGAUACGCGCCGCCCACUCCAGGGGCGGUGCCGGCGCCGCCGGCGACGACGCCCACGACGGCGAGAUGACCUGGGACGACUCCGCGCUCACCAUCACCGUCAAUCCCAUGGAGAGUGCCGAACGUAAGCUGGAGGGCCAGCCGGCCGACUACACAGACAGCGACCAGUCGGAAUCCGAAACGUCAUCGGACGACGAGAACAUGGACGGGCCGUGUCGCGUGGCCGACAGCUCGGACGAGGACGACGACGAGCCGCCGCAACCAAGGGCGCAGCGCAAACGCGACUAUCAGAACGUCAGCCAGCUGGAGUGGGACAACUCGACCAUGUAAAACGGGGGUCGUGGGGGGAAACUGUGCAAAAGGUUUCGGCAGUGCCAUAGGGAGCACGUCGCGCGAGGCCCGCACCGCAACACUGCGCAUGCUCACCGCCGUCUGUGAGCGGGCGAGUGGGCGUGGUGUUGCCGUCGGUCAACCCGCACAGGAUAUCAUUGUAAUCGUCCAUAUAUUGUUAGAGAUAUAUAUACAAAAAAAAAACAGAUUAAUGAACGGGCCGUGGGAGGCUUUCGGAGGCUCCCUAGGCUUGUCGCAAGUUAUAAUUCUCACGUCUUAGCUAGGAUAAAGUAUAUAUUAUAUAGCCUAUCCCAGACACCCUCGCUGCUUCACGCCUAUUUUAUUAUUAUUAUUAUUAAUAUCAUUAUUAUUAUUAUUAUUUGAUAGUAUUAUUUUGUUUUUCUAUUGGGCUGACUGUUGUUUUCUAAUUUACACAAUAACUAUCGUUAUAAUUUCCUAGGAUUAAGCUAAUCAUUAACACACACACCCCCCAAAAAAUGAGAACAAAAAUCAACUGGGGCCUACUUUGUCGCAUCCCCCAAAAACUAAACGUAUUUAUCGUGGCUUUUUGUACUUACCCUAGACGUUACGUUUAAUAAAAAAAAUAAGUCAUAUCAAAUUUUUUAAAUGGUGUGCAAUCAACUUUAGGCUGUUCCAAAUUGAAACGGUUCAAGGCCCCGCACACAUCCCCCAUUUCGAAUCUUACUAGCUUUCGGGUGCGAAGCGUGCGGAGGCUGACGCAAUUUUUUUUACCGUGUAAAUUUUCUACUCGUACUGUAGGUCGGUGUUGUUUGUUUACCCCCUUGACUCCUACCCCCCAAAUCCCCACACUCACACACUACACUACACUUUUCGCACAAGUUUUUCGCUGAGGUGCAGGCCGUAACUUGCACCGUCUGUGUUUUCGUUCGUUCUUAUAGUAAGGCAACUAUUUACUAAAAAAAUGAUGAUAUUGGUGAAUUUUAAACGUUCUAAGAAGAUGUAUAUAUAAUACAGUGUUUUGCAGCUGAAUAGUAUUUUUUUGUAAGUAGAUUAUACAAGUUUAUGGGUACUUAAAAAUCGAUUAUAUAACAAAAAAGCAAAACGGAUAAAUGAAAUGGUUUGAUUUCGGUUGGUUCGCAAUAUAUAACGUAUAUAGAUUCGGCACGCAAGAAACACACGUCCCUUGUUUACACAGGGGGGCGACGUUUAUUGCCUGUAAUUAUCAGAAAUUCGCAAUAUUAAGUGUUUAUAUAAAAUAUAAUAUUAUAAUAAAUGUGAGCCAUUUUGUUUAUUGCGUGUAAACCUAGAGUAGUAGCUGUGAUGUCAAAAAAAUAAAUAAAUAAUAAAUUGUUUAGUUUAGAUGAGAAACAAAGAGCACUAAACACAUUUCUAAUAGUCGGACUCAGUUUGGCGUCCCGACGCGUUGCCCGCUUGUUGUCACUUAAAUUUUUAAUAUAUUUUUGUAUAUACGCGACGGAAUAUUGUAGAUAUUGUUGGUUGAGUUUUUGAAAGUAUUUAAAGUAUGUUUUCUCGAUGUUUUCGAAUUUGGUUUGCGGAUGUUCUAACGGCGGGAACACGCCCGGACGCGACGCCGAGUCCUUAGGCAGAUGAAAAAGAUAUUUUUGACAAAAUACGUAAACUAACAUAAAAAAAACUAAUAAUUGCAUACAUUCCAUUUUUUCGACGUGCGUUGGUUAUUAUACAAAAUGAUAAUAUAUAUUGUAAACGGACCUUGUGACGAACAAUUAUGAGAUCCCGUGGUUUUUUCAGUACGCUUUUUUGUGUGUUGAAACAUUUGAAAAACUGUUUUUUGUUGUUUCAUUAAGUAAUUUGAUUGAAAAACGAUGGUGACUCAUUAUCGAAAAUCAAAUAAUCUGAAAAAUGUUUAGGUGUGUCUACGGUACCACUUACAAUAAUUAUGUAAUACAUAAAUGUAUAAUAUUAAAAUAAUAAAUAUAUCCAAAUAAAAA